AUGGUUAACGAUGAAAUUCCUACUUUGACGGGGCCAUUGGAAGGAUCGACCACGGAAAAUAAUUCCGAACAACAUGAUCGAUCUAGAGGCAAAAUCACUGGACAACAAAUUCGUACAGUUAUUGUUUCUUCAACAGGUUUCUUCAUGGAUGCUUAUGAUAUCUUUGUAAUCAACUUGGCUGUUCCCAUGCUCGGCUAUGUCUACUACAUGGAUCAAAACAAUACAGUGCCAUCAAACAUUCAAGGCAUUAUCAAGGGUAUUACAAAUGUAGGUAAUCUUAUUGGUCAGCUAGUAUUCGGUUAUUUGAGCGAUAGUAAAGGUCGUAAAAGUGUUUACGGUAUUGAACUUCUAAUUAUCAUUAUGGCUACAGUUUGCUCAGCAAUGGCGGGAUCGGCGGCAACAGGCGUCGGUACCUUGGGUUUUCUUGGAUUUUGGCGUCUCGUAUUGGGCAUCGGGAUUGGUGGUGAUUAUCCCAUGUCAGCUACUGUGUCCAGUGAAUGGUCAAGCGCAGGACGACGUGGACAAAUGCUUGCAUUAACUUUUUCUAUGCAAGGUUGGGUAAUGGCCGCUGACAAUGCUCUAGCCCGUCUCAUUGUGGACAAGUUCAAAUGUGAUUCAGUUCAUACUCAUUUACCUACUUACAAUCGUAGUCAACUCAAACAUGGCAUAGUACAUUUGAGUGUAGGCAACUUUCAUCGUUCACAUCUGGCAUAUUACAUGGAUGUCUUAGCAAAUGAACACGAUCAAACUGAAUGGGGCAUUAUCGGCGUUGGAGUUCGUUCAGUUGAUAAACCUAUUAGUACGGUACUUCAGGCACAAGAUGGUAUGUAUACAUUGAUAUCCAAAGGUUGCAAUGAAACAGAUGUUGAUGUUCGAAUUAUCGGUUCUCUCAUUCGUUACAUUUUUGCGCCAGAUGCACCAGAGGGGGCGUUAGCCGUACUUAUGCAUCCCCACACGAAAAUUGUUUCCAUGACAAUUACCGUAAGUGGCUAUGAUUUAGACCUGAAGAAUGUUGAUAUUCAACAUGAUUUGCAUCAUCCACAAGCACCUAGAACAGUAUUCGGUUUCAUUGUGCAUGCAUUGGAUGGUCGUCGUCGAGCAAACACAGCUCCAUUUACUGUUCUCUCGUGUGACAAUGUUCAACAGAAUGGUGAAGUUAUAAAACGAUGUAUUCUCAAAUUUGCUAAAGCACUCAACAAUAUCGAACUGCUUGAUUACAUUCAAACUAAAGUAACAUUUCCGAAUUCUAUGGUCGAUCGAAUCACACCUGCCACGUCCGAUACCGAUCGUCAGUAUGUUCAUUUGCACUGUGGCAUUGCGGAUGGAUGGCCUGUAGUAACAGAACCAUUUAUGCAAUGGGUUAUCGAAGAUUCAUUUUGUAAUGGACAUCCUCCACUUGAAUUGCUUUCGAAUGCGCCUUACAAUGUUCUUCUAACCGAACACGUUGAAGCGUACGAAUGUAUGAAAAUGCGUCUUCUCAAUGCAUCUCAUACAGCCAUGUGCUAUCUUGGUUAUUUGAUGGGUUAUACAUAUAUUCAUGAGACCAUUCUAGACAAGCAUAUUCAAUCAUACAUCGAACAUUUAAUGAAUGAUGAAGUUACACCCGUUUUACCUGCAGUACCAAACGUUGAUCUCGAUGCGUACAAACGUACACUUAUCCAACGCUUCUCAAAUCCACAUAUGAAAGAUACAUUAUCGAGAGUGUGCAUGGACGGAGCAUCCAAAUUUCCGAAAUAUCUCGUACCAACCAUUGUCGAACAGCUUAAACGAGGAGUUAUUCCAUACAUGUGUGCAUUGGCCAUCGGUUCUUGGAUUCGAUAUCUUGGUGGAAAGGAUGAAAGCAAUAGGCCAAUCAUACUGUCAGAUGUUUUGGCAACUGAACUCAAAUUACACGAGUUAGCCAGUGAAACAAGACCCAGUGCAAUUGAAAUGUUAAGUGUAAGACAAGUCUUCGGUGAUUUGGCUAACGAUCAACGAUUUGCCGAAACAGUACAGAAUGCUGUGAAGCUUCUCUAUGAAGAAGGCUCAAAAGCAACGCUAGAAAAAUGGAUCAGCGGGCCUCGCAGCAGUCAUAAAUAA